CUUGAGGAACAAAAGUUACCAUAUUCUAAGAGUAGAGGAGGCAGAGGUGGUGGAAGAGGAGGUGAUCGUGGAGGUUUUAGAGGUGGAAGAGGAGGUGAUCGUGGUGGUUUUAGAGGUGGCAGAGGUGGUGGAAGAGGAGGUGAUCGUGGAGGUUUUAGAGGUGGAAGAGGAGGAGAUCGUGGAGGAUUUAGAGGUGGACGAGGUGGAGGAAGAGGAAGAGGAGGAGGUCGAAUGGGUGGUGGCAAAAAGACAUUUGUUGAACCUCAUAGACAUGAAGGUGUUUACAUUGCUAGAGCAAAGGAGGAUUCUCUUGUUACCAAAAAUUUAGUAAUUGGUGAAUCUGUGUAUGGAGAAAAGCGAAUUUCUGUUGAGGAUGAAAAUGGAAAAGUUGAAUACAGAAUAUGGAAUCCAUUUAGAUCUAAACUGGCUGCUGCUAUACUUGGUGGAAUAGACCAAAUUCAUAUGUCACCUGGUUCAAAGGUUUUGUAUCUUGGAGCAGCAUCUGGUACAACAGUUUCUCAUGUGGCUGACAUUGUUGGACCAGAAGGAUUAGUUUAUGCUGUUGAAUUUUCUCAUCGGUCAGGACGUGAUCUAAUAGGUGUUGCACAGAAAAGAACAAAUAUUGUACCAAUAAUUGAAGAUGCACGUCAUCCACAUAAAUAUAGAAUGGUUGUUGGAAUGGUUGAUACCAUAUUUGCUGAUGUAGCUCAACCAGAUCAAGCUCGUAUUGUAGCAAUAAAUGCUCAUCACUAUCUCAAAGCUGGUGGUCAUUUUGUAAUAUCUAUAAAAGCCAAUUGUAUUGAUUCUACAGCAGAACCAGAAGCAGUAUUUGCAGGUGAAGUAAAAAAAUUACAAGCAGAAAGAAUGAAACCUCAGGAACAAAUAACACUUGAGCCAUAUGAAAGAGAUCAUGCAGUUGUUGUAGGAAUAUAUAGGCCUCCUCCUAAAGAGAAAUGAAGACAAUUUUCCAGCCUUUACAAAAUGUUACUAAUAAAUUUUUUUUAUUAUAAACCAAAUAGUGGAUCUGGUUAUGUUAGUUAAACAUUUGCCAUACAAAAAGUAAUUCAGCAUCAACAUUUUAUAGUAUAUAAGUAAAGUAUAUAUUGUUGGAAUAUGGACAUAUUUUAUUCAAAUCCAAUGAGGUGAAUUUCAUAUAAAGGUAAAAUGAUAUAUUUAUACAACAGUUUGAAAUUUAUGAACAUAAAUUGAUAUUGUGAGAAC